AUGUCUCCUCCCCCAGCUGAAUCCGGCUACAGCCUAAUCUGGUCCGACGACUUCUCGGGCGCAGCGGGAUCUCUCCCCAACCAAGGAAAAUGGAACAUCGUCACAGCCGGUCCUAACCAGGGCAACCAAGAGGUGCAGACCUACACCAAGAGCACUGGAAACUCCUCCCUUAGCGGCUCGGGCGCCCUGCACAUCACCCCUCGUCACGACAACGGGCAGUGGACUUCUGCCCGUCUCGAAGGCCAGCAGGCUUUCAACUGCCCUGAUGGUCAUCGACUUCUGCUGCAGGCCGAGCUUCGCAGCGGAACGUUCCCAGCGAACCAGCAGUCGGGAAUCUGGCCGGCGUUUUGGGCUCUUGGAAAUGAUAUUCGCAACGGGAAGGGUGUUCAAUGGCCGCAGUGCGGUGAAUGGGAUAUCUUCGAAAACGCCCACGGCAACGACUGGUCCCUCGCCACUCUCCACUACGGACGGGGAGGUACAGACCACCUAAGCAAGGGCAGCGGUCAGGAGCACUUCCAAGUCGAGUCGUUCCACACGUGGGCCAUCAAGGUCAACCGCGGGCCGAGCAACUGGCAAGACGAGACCCUGGAAUGGUAUCUCGACGGAAACAAGUUCUUCCAGAUCAAGGGGAGCGAUGUAGGGGACGGUGAACUGUGGGGACGAGUCGCUCACAAGAGCUUCUUCCCUAUCCUUAACGUUGCUGUUGGUAGCAACUUUCCAGGGGGUGGCCAGCCCGAUGGCAACACCACCACUGGUCUUGGCAGUGGCCUGCAGGUCAAGUAUGUUGCCGCCUACAGGAGCAACUAA